AUGAGGCCCCACCUCAAGCAGCCAAGUUACUUGACUUGGUUGUUGGACACACUGCUUCUGGCUUUUGACGAGGCAAUCUUAAAAGAUCUAGCAGCUACAGAUCAAAACCGACAGCGUGCAUUCGUAUCGCAGCUCAAUCGAUCCCAUCUUGUAGAUGCUAGGGAAGCCAAUAAGCGGCAUAUGAGAGCCGUCGCCACUUUGAAAAGGUAUCCGAAUUUUGGGAUCCGGAAAGAGGUCACCUUCCGUCUCGAUGUUAUCCUCGCCAUGUGGGCCGACGGCAUGCUAGACCCUGACCAGAACCCUCAUACUGGCCCAGUGUGCUGGAAUGUUCCCUUCACUUCCACAGCCAGUGAUCAACACUGUCCUUUUUGGGUGCUUCCAACGGAGACAGUGGUGAAAUUUGUGUCUACGCAGGCUGCUCGCUUUUUACUUCCACUCGACCACAUAUUUCUACAAGCGUCGAAUGAAGUAGCCAAGCCUUUAUCAUCGUCGUCGUCGUCAUCCUCCUCCUCCUCACUCGAUCCCGUCCAGCAGAUCCUUGGACUUUACACCGCGCAGCUUCUAUGUCGUCUUCUCAUACAUUCAGUUGACGAUGAGCAAGAGUAUGGAUUCGACAACUGGAUCUGGCGGCCAACCUGGACGGUGCGGACGCGCGGCCGCGGCCAGAGGUCGCUCAAGCAGCGUCGUGGUCUAGGCCUGGGAGAUACAAUCGACACCUCGGGCACGCUAUGGAUCCCCGAUGGUCAUUUCAAUUGGCAGAGAGGGCAUAUCGCGCUCGAGGUUUUGAUCGACCUCUACAUAUCCCGCAAUCCAUUGCAGGCCAAACUAGCUCGUCAAUGCAAUGUUCAAGCACUCACUGCCAACCAGGUCACUAUCGAACUGCGAUUCCAACAAUUGACCAGCAACGCUCGUAUAGAGUAUGAUCAAGGUCAUAGAGAGGAUGCCGAGAGACUUGCUGGCAGGGCCAUCACUCUCGCCACGCAGGAAAUAGCCCGGGCAUACCAUCAGCACUUCCUCGCCAAGUUACACUCAUAUUGGGAUCGAACCCGAGGGCAGGUCGGGCGCCAGAAACUGCCAGUACUUGACUUGUUGAAACAAGCCCAGGAGGAUUCAGCAGCUGAGACGAGCCGAAUUCCUACCGCCCAAACUAUCCACGGCAUCUACGCUGAGGCGUGGGCUAAAUAUUGCCAAGUUAUGACGGAUGAUGUUGAUGAGAACGAUCGUAGCGACUUUAAUAUGUCCUCGUCGUCAUCAUUGCAGUCUGCUCUGCCCGAGGAGCUACCUUGCUGGAUGACUACUCGUCGGCGCCUGCCCCCUAAAAACAGUUGGUCUGACUUUCUGUUUCAGCAGAUCUUUUGCCGCGCCAAACCACCAACCUGGAAUGCACUCUUCUUUCUCCAGCUCUAUCGAAGAUUCAAGGAGGUCUGGGAGAAGACUUGUGCAUCAUUGGGCCCUUUCGACGGCUGUUUUAGUCGCCAGAUUGGGUACUACAUCCAGGUCGCAUUCAACUGCGACCAUAGUAAGGGAGUGGGCACCAGUCACGGCCGCACCACCUGGCACCAUGACAAGCCACCCUUCUUCCAAAUCCAGUACUGGGCCCCUUACUUUUCGCCGCCUCGUGCAGAGGAGAACACGCCGUUGUCGUCCGUUUAUUGCCGUCGCGAGUAUCCCGAAGGUUUGUCACCUUGCUCAACGCCCUUUAUCCUGACAUCCCGUGAGUUUGGUGGUAUCGAAAGAGCUAUCUGGCCGCACUGGGUCGAAAUCAUGCAUGGUGUUGAUGGUCUGCGCCAGGCUGGCGAAUCUAUCUACAUCUAUCUACCGGCACCUCAUGUAGAUAGAUGUAGAUGCUUAGUCAUAAUUUGCAAUGUAGAUAGAUAG